GCAAAACGGGCACGCAAGGACAUCUUAAAUAAGACAGUUUGGAUUGGCUCGUUAACUCUAACAGCUCCAAAGAACCAUUUUCUUUAAAGACACAGGUUUUGAACCAGCAAACAAGUGAAGGCUCUCUUCGAGGUAAGAAGAAACGCUGCUUUGACAAUGUCUACAUUUGAGACGCAGGACCAGUCUCCUCCACGUUGUGGCCCUCAGUUCCCGAGCCUCGGCCAGGAGCCCCCUGAACUCAGCCUGUACAGUGACUGUUACUACCCUCCGCCAUCCCUACCGAGUCCUCAACGUACCACGCCGACAUCCUACGAGCUGAGUGACUACAGCACCUCCUCCCCAAACCCUUACCUUUGGUUCAACGGCUCUGGGAUCAACACGCCAUCAUACCUGACUACUAACGUUCCACCGGGGAACCCUGGCCCUCCCUUCGUGCCACAGCACUAUGGCAUGCAGAGGCCAUACCUGGGUCCUGCAGGCACUGGAGGCCCAGGAGGGGAAUUGAGCUGGUUCUCUCUGCCUUCACAAGAGGACUUGAUGAAGCUUGUCAGACCCCCUUAUUCGUACUCCGCUCUCAUCGCCAUGGCUAUCCACGGCGCACCAGACCGGAGAUUGACGCUGAGUCAGAUCUACCAGUACGUCGCUGACAACUUCCCUUUCUACAAUAAAAGUAAAGCAGGCUGGCAGAAUUCCAUCAGACACAACCUGUCACUCAAUGACUGCUUCAAAAAAGUACCAAGAGAUGAAGACGAUCCAGGCAAGGGAAACUACUGGACAUUAGACCCAAACUGUGAAAAGAUGUUUGACAAUGGAAACUUCCGUCGCAAAAGGAAGAGAAAGUCCGACUCCCUCUCCGGUGUUGAUGGUGGUUCAGGGACCAUGGAGUCAGGUGAGAGUGACAGAGGAAGCCCCAAACUCUCUGCCAACUCUGCCCUCAACAUCUCCCCAACACCGGACAGAAUUCCUUCCCCGUCAUCUUCUGGUGCUACACCUUGUCUGAGCAGCUUCCUGUCUGAGAUGUCCGGGGUGACUGCUGGACCAGCCAAUGAUGUGGGAGGUGAUGGCUUGAGCAGACCCCUGCAGGUCAACCUCCCCAUAGAUGGGCCCCACAGGCUUGCACAGCCUGCGAGUUUUAGUAGCUACUCCCCAAACUCAGCUGGCCGAGAAUGGCUUCCACAGGUGCAAGCUCCGUCUGUGCUGUCCUCUUCACCCACCCACUCUUCACUGGGGUACUCAAGUCCCAUCCUGAGCCAGUACAGUGGGUCCAGUGGACACUUCUACCCCCCGCUGGGCUCAACGGGAAUCAUUUAUCACCGCGAAGGGACUGAGGUUUAACUUUAGGGGGAGGGUGGGAACUGUUAGUAUUGACAAGACUUCUUUUGCAGUAGUGAUCCACUGUGAGGCGAUACAUACACAACAUGUUUGCGCUGACUGAGACAGUUGGUCACAAGAGCGUGUGACAGCAGACCUGCACACCUUGAUUCCCACAGGAACAGCCGAGUCAGCAGCCACGGGCUGAAACUGUCUGACAGCACCAAAUCCAAAGUCAGCUCUUUAUCCCAACCCAAAAGCUGGUGUCUAUCAGAGCUGACUCAUUCCUAACUGAUCUGAGAUCUGAUCUGCUGACAGUCUGUUCCACGCAACUGUCUGUGAUUCUUUGAUGGUUAUCACACAAACGUCCAGGCAGCACAAUUGGAGUGCUUCAUUACACAUUUGUCUACAUCUUGUGUUGCUUUGGCUUUUAUAGAAACAGGAGUUUUAAAAACAUUCAUUGUAAAUAUGUUCAUGUGCUUGUAAUGAUAUUCCUUUAUGUUAUUGGUUUGCUUUUAAUGUAUUCAUAAUGGAAGCUAAUUCUAUCUUGUGUUUUUGAUAUGAAUAAAAUGCUUUUGACUUUGA